AUGUCCCGGAUGAAGCUCUCAAUCCAUCCAACAGAAUCAAAUUCCGAAAAAUCCCCCACAAAUAACGAGCUCGAGUCCCCCCUCCAAUUCAUCCAUCUCAAUCGAAAUCACUCAAUCAAUCAAUCGAAAUUCGAGGGAGUGAGAGAUCGAAUAACCCCCCGUUUCUGAAGCGCUUGCAAAUUGCAGGCAGUUCGAGAAAUUGGAGAAAAAAAGAGAGGAGAAGCCGCCGCCGCCGCCGUGCAACAGUUGUGCACCCUCCGUCGCCUCUCUUCGGUUUUGUUGCGCCAACUCGACUUGUACGACAACUCUCUCCUACUAUCCGCCCCACAAUCUUUCCCGGUAAACCUACACUUUGAGCCGCGAAAAAUAGCCAGGGCGGAAAUAGCCGCAGAAAAAGUGGAAAAGUGAGCUCCAUUCAACAGUUUUUUUGAGUUCCUGGUUUUACGAUAGAUAUCACAGUUUGAGCCGCAAAAAAAGCCGCAAAUGGGCUUUUGCGCUCCAUUGAACAGUUUUUUGUAGAGCCUUGAUUUUCAAAAAGUUUUCACGAUAAAUAUCUUUCUCUAUCCGCUUAGUCUUCCCCGGAAAACCUACAGUUUGAGCCGUGAAAAACAGCCAGUGCAAAAAUAGCCGCGAAAAAAAUCUUGAAAUAAACUUUUGCGCUUCAGUGCAGUUUUUUAGUUUAUUUUGAUUUUGAAAGUUUUUACGAGAACUCUCUCUCACUAUCCUUAAAAUCUUACCUGGUGAACCUACACCUCGAGCCGCGAAAGUUAGCCGACUCAAAAUAGCCGCAGAAAAGUGGAAAAAUGAGCAUUUGCGCUCCAUUGAAUAGUUUUUUGGACUUUCUAGUCUGAGCCUAAAAUUUUCGCAAAAAAUACAAAACGGAAGCAGAAGGUGCGCGCCAUUGAUAACUUCGCAAUUCUUCGUUACCUGUCAAUAAAAAGCUCCAUAUUCAGGUGCCUUCUGAAUACAAAAACUCCACGACGUCAUCGUUCCUCCGUCACACGUCUUCAGGCACGACGACGCCGUCAGAUGGCCUCAAGAGUGUGACGUCAUCUCGCCAUGAUACCCUACGCCAUCUGCCUUCUGUUGCUCAUGUCAGCAACGGCGCAGAAUGUCGAUGAGUCAGUUUUUUUUUAUUUCGCUAUGACGUCAUCAGGUUAUGACGUCACUUUGAAGAAAUAUUGAUUUUUUAUGGGUCUAUUCGAUCGUCUGACCAGUUAUUUUGUAAUGAGACCCUAUCUGAAUUUUCUGAUGACGUCACUUUUUCGAGCUGAUGCCCUAAUUCGACGUCAUCCAGUAGAAAUAUCGAUUUUAGAUUGUUUCUCACUUUUUUGAUCGUAUUUUUGGACUUCGACGUUAUAUGAAUUUUUGAUGACGUCACUUUUUCGAGCUGACUCUUAGGAAUAUAAUGACGUUAUCUAGUAGAAAUAUCGAUUUUUCAUGAGUUUUUUCAUUUUUUCGUUUGUAUUUUUGAACUUAGACGUUAUAUGAAUUUUUUGACGACGUCAUUUUUUCGAGCUGACUCCUAGGAAUCUAAUGACGUCAUCUAGUAGAAAUAUUGAUUUUUGGAAGUUUCAAAUUCUCGAUUUUAUAUUUUCAGAGUGUGGCUGUUAUUUUGUUAGUUUCACGCAUUUUUAAUUAUUCUGAGCUACAAAUGACGUCAUGUGGUCUGAAUGACGUCACAAUUUUUCUUUCAAUGGCGUCAUCGUUAGUGUUAAUCGACCCUGAUUGAUUUUAAGCUCUGGGGAUGACGUAAAUCGAGUGGUUGAUUGAUUUUCGAGUUCUUUUUCACAAAAAAUGAAUCAUUCAAUCUUGGUCGUCCCACAGAUUCGAUGACAUCAUCGAUAUCUGAUUUUAAAAUGACUUCAUUAAGGAUUCACUUAAGCUUUUUUUAAAAUUAGGUUGGAUUUACUUUUUUUAAAGUUACUUCAGAAAUUGAAGCAAUUAUUUUUUUCAUUUUCUGACGUCAUCGACCUCUAAUUUUCUAGAUGACGUCAUUAAAACUUUUCAAGAGAUUUUUCGAUUUUCGGGAUGACGUCAUUUAUCAUUUACAUAAAUUUUUUUUGAUUCGUUGUGAGUACUGUUUGAAGCAAUUUUUGGAUCUUAAUUACUUUUUUUUUUCAUUUUCUGACGUCAUUGAGCCCUGAUUUUCCAGAUGACGUCAUUAAAACUUUUUGAGAGAUUUUGAGAUUUUUGGAAUGACGUCAUUGAAUGCUUGAAGCAAUUACUUUAUGAUUCGUUUUAGGUACUUCUGAAGCAGUUUUGGAACUUUAGACCCUUAUUUUUUUAAUUUCUGACGUCAUUAACCUACAUUUUUUGAGAUGACGUCAUUUUUUCCAUUUUUUAUUCUGGAAAAAUUUUGAAAAAUUAUAUUAAACUUUUAUAUGAUCCUACUGUAUGAUUUUUCGGAUAACUUUUGGAAUUUUUCGUGAUUUCCAAUGCCUUUUCCUGUAUCUAAAAAAAAGACGAGAUCUCUGCAAAAUUUCUGAGAAAAAACCGACUCAGAUUUCCAGCAACGUGUUUCAAAUUAGUGGCGAAUCGUUUUUCGUCUUCUUCUUGUUUUACGGAAUUAUUUCCAGUUAGGUUUCGGGGUUAAGUCAUUUUAACGUUUCAAGGAUAAAUUAAGAGUUUGGAUGAGUUUUUUUAAUUUUUUUGAUGGGAAGCAAAAAUGGUAAUUUUUUUCCAAUUCUAGAAAUAUUUGGAAAUUUUUCCUUUUUAAUUUGCCCUUUUUUUAUUUACUUGGCUUUUUUUGAUUUUUAUCCAAUUUUCCUUCCACACAACCCCCCAAAAAAAGACCUUUCUAGCCUUGAAACUUUUCUUCGAAAUGCACUUUUUUUUCUUGACGUGUAUGUGUGACGCAAACGAACACUAGACCGCCCAGAAUAAGAUUCUGAAGGAAAUUGAGGCGCGGAAAUGGAAUUUUGAAAGAAAAAAUUGUCGAACCGAAUUGAAAUCCCUUUUUGAGAAGGUUUGGAAGAUGAAAUGUAGCUACUACAAUGGGAGAAAUAUGAUUUAAACGAAUAUUUCCAGAAUCUUGAAAAAGAAAAAAAUAAACUAAGGACUUAUACAUUCAUGAAGCAACUAAAAGCUCCAAGUAGAAAAAACAAGUUUAAAAAACAGCAAAAAAUCGAAAAAUACGACUUUAAAAUUCCAUCCAACCACAAAAACGUAUUCAAAAUGACCGCAUUUUGUGAAAAUCCCAUCAAAAUACCAAAAAACAACAAGAAACAAGCUUCAAUUUGCUGAAAAAAUGGCAAAAAGGAUUCGCAGUCUGCAGGAUUCGAACCUACGCGGGCAGAGCCCAAUUGAUUUCUAGUCAAUCUCCUUAACCACUCGGACAAGACUGCUGGUGGCGGAGAAGCGCCAGUUCCAUGACCAAUAAGCUUCCAUUUGAUAAGACUUUUUAUUUGAGGCAGUCGACUAGAAAAAAAUCAGAUAUUUCUAUUAAAUAAAUGAUGAAAAAAACAGGAAUAAUGAGAAAAUAAACUAUAUAAAAUUUUUUAUCCAGUUCAUAGAGCAAAAAUUCGAUAAUAAAAUUUUUUGCCAGAAAUCAAACCCAAGUCUUUAGAUUUCCAGCCAAUUUCAACAUAUUAUUUUUAUUUUCAGUGGCCCUUUGAUCGACACGUCGCUGCUGUCGUCGGUUCUCGACCGUUUAACCAAUAAAACCAUCUACGACAAGCGGUUACGACCCAGGUUUGUUUUUUAUUGUUUCCUUAAAAUAAAGCUGAAAGUUUUAACCAAUCAUUCGGAAAAAAAAUUGAUGAUAAACUGUCUUGUAAGAAAAGAAAACUCAGAAAGAUGAAGGUCAUAUACCUGAAAUUAAAAAAACGGCAAAAAAUACUUUGCGUCGGAGUGUAUGCACCAAUACAUUUUAUUCGACGACACUUCCUUAAAAAAAUUUUUGGCUGUUUUUUUGUUAUUUUUUUUUCUUGUUUUUUUGAUGUUUACACUAUUUACUUCACACGUUUUGUUGCUGUUAUCCAACGAUACAGUGCUGGAUGUUAGUAAAAUGCGAACAUUUCGCAUUUUUUCAAAAGUUACAGCUCGAAUGAUUUUUGCAUCGUUUUGUGUUUUAUUUUCAAAAUUUCACGUUUUUGUAUUUUGGUGAACUUCUAAGUUAUCAAAACUGUUUUUUUUGCUCAUGGAUGGGUUUUAACUGUAAAUAAGGGAAAGUUUCCACGAUUUUUCAUACUUUCUCUAAAAAUCAGCCCUUCCGCUAGUUUUCUGUCGUAUUAUUUGAAAUUUUUGAAAAAGUUUGUUCAUUUUUCAGAUACGGAGACAAGCCAGUAGAUGUUGGAAUCACGAUCCAUGUUUCAUCGAUAUCCGCCGUUUCUGAAGUCGAUAUGGUUCGGAUUUAAUAUUAUUGUUUUUGUCUCUGGUUUUUUUAAGAUUAAUUAUAAUAUUUUUCUCUGGUUUUUUUCAAGAUUAACUUUCAAGGGAAAAUCGUCUUUUUUUCUACUUUUUGCUCUUAAAUAGAAAACUUCAAGCUAUUUUUGAGCCCUUUUUUUCUGGCGUCACCUGGAUAGAGCUAUUCCUUGGCGGCUGAUUUUUCGAAGCUGUUUUUAUGCUUAUAAUUAUUUUUUACAUGAUAGAAGUCGACAGAAAUCGAGCUAGCUGGGAAAAAAACCGGUGGAUAUCUCACCACGGCUGGCUUUUGGGCGGCUAUUUUUCCAAAAUGUCUUAGACAGAGCUAUUUAUUGGCGGCUCAUUUUUUGAAGCUAUUUUUAUGCUUAGAAUUAUUUUUUAACUGAUAGAAGUCGACUGAGAAAAAAAAAACUGGUCGAUUUUUCACCACGGCUAUUUCCACGAGGCUAUUUUUUUCGAAAUCUGAAAUAACUCAGCCGUGUUGUUAUUUUGUUUUGAGUGAGGCGGCUCAAAUACACGAGGCGAAACGGGAGGGACGACGAUUUGUCAUCCCUCCAGGAACAAGUGUUCUUUUUCUGACGUUCCUCCUAGGCCCGGGGAGAAAUUUUUGACACGCUUCCGCAUGUACUCUCUCUUUUUUUUUCGACCAGAAGAAAAGAUUGGACUGGGGAAUGGUUGGAGAAGUCAUUUCAAUGAGAAUAGAACUGGAAAAAUUGCUAUUUUCCACGAAAAUCGAUUUUUUUCGAUAAGAAGUUCAUUUUGGCAUUAUUUUUCACAUGCUUUUUAUUUGAUUCAGACUUCAAAAAAAUGCCUUUUUUCGUAUUUUGGUUACAGUAAUCCCCAAAAGGGGCAGAGCCUAUAAAAAACCUGAACUUGAAAUUUUAAUGACAUGUGUAGAUGUUGUGAGGAGAGUAUGAGCUUAAAAAAAAAUGUUUUUUCGAAAUUUUUCUUUUUAACUGUUCAUCAUAUCCGAGAGAACGUUUGGUAACUUUUUUCCAAGUUUUUCAAGAUCAAAUUGACUUUUUUAAGAAGCCUGAAUCGGCACAAAAAAAUUGAGCCUAGUAGAAAUUUUUAGCUUCACUGAGGAAAAUUCGAGAUUUUGAAAGAACAGGUUUUUUUGAAUUUUUUUAGUUGAAAUUUUUCUGAAAAAAAUUAAAAAAAGCUGUUAAAUUUUUCUCUUCCCUGAGAUUUUUUAACUUAUUUCUGUUUUUUUAUAAUUCAAUUUAACUCUUUAAACCUCUAAAUUUGCUUCUAGUUGAUGAAAGUUUUGUCUUUUUCAAGAUUUUUUUCUGAGUUUUAAUGAAGAAAGGUUCGAAAUUUCGAAAGAAACGAAUUUUUUUAAAUAUCCACCUGGAAAAAGGAUCCAUUCCCGUGUGAUCCAUAAACUUGAAACAAAUAAAUAUGUUCAUGAAAAUUUUUCUGAACAAGUUCAUUGAUAUUAUGUUAUCAGUUGGAAUAUCCAGGUUAUUUUUUUGACUUUCAGGACUUCACCUUGGACUUUUACAUGCGACAAACGUGGCAAGACCCUCGAUUGGCCUUCGGAAGCCUGGAUCUUGGACUUUCCAAGGAAAUCACCUCGUUGACGGUUGGUUUUUUGAUGAAAACGGUUCAAAAUGAGUUGAUUUUAAGCUUAGAAGUCUCGAAAAGGUUAUAAAUUAACAGAAAAGUGUCUCUUUAACGGUUUUCUUAAUAAAAAUGAUUGUAGGUGACUUUUUGAUCUAUUAAAUUGGGUCGAUUUUGAGCUUAGAAGUCUCAAAAAUGUUAUAAAUUAGCAAGAAAAACUGCCUCUAUAACGGUUUUUCUAAUAAAAAUGGUUGUAGAUGACUUUUCUAUCUACAAAAAAGGGUCGAUUUUAGUCUUGAAAGCCCCAAAAAAGUGAACAAUUUUUGGAAAUUACAUUCUCUACGGUUUUUCUAAGUGAAUUAGUUGCAAAUUUUUUUGCCUGCCAAACUAAGACAAUUUCAAGCUUAGAAGUCCAAGAAAAAAGUUUUAAAAAUUUGAUCUGAUUAUCAAAAAACCAAGUUUGGCCACAUUUCUGGUAAGAAAAUGUAUUCAGAGCUUCGUUUUUACGCCGUAAAAAAAAGUUAUCUCAUAAUCAUAUUUUUUUACGCCUUGUUAAGGUAUUACUGAGAUUUAAGACGGCUAAUGUGGUUAAAAGCUCUGAAAAAGAAGAAAAUUGAUGGGAAAACUGGCUUUUUUGACAGUUUUAUCAGAGCGGGAUCGAACCUGGAACCCUCUGAGUUCUAUUUAUGAUCAAAUUAUUUUUUAAAGCUAAUUUUAGGGUGUUCUAAGUUUUAUAACUUUUAUUGUGGGUUCUAAACUCCGAAAAAGCAAAAAAUUGAUGAAAAAAACCUUUUCUGAGAGUUUUCCUUCACCGGGAUCGAACCCAAGACCCUCUGAGCCUCACGAUAACAUCCUAGCCACUCGACCACCAAGCAAUAACAAUUGCAGGUGGGAGUGGACUACCUGGACAAGCUCUGGAAGCCGGACACGUUUUUCCCCAACGAGAAGAAGUCGUUUUUCCACGUCGCCACCACACACAACUCGUUUUUGCGGAUCGACAGCGACGGCACCGUUUUCACCAGUCAAAGGUAUCAUUUUUUGCCGUUUUGAAUUAUUGCUUCACAAGCUUUGCGUUAUUAAAGGUACACCUUCAGAUUCACAUUUGUAAGUUUCUUGAAAUAGUAGACUCAUUUUUCGAACAACUGGAGAAAUUAUCAGUGGUCACUAUAGAGGCUCGCCAAGGACUACUUGGUAAGGACACUAAAGUGGCCACUAUUUUCCGUUUUAGUGGCCACUAUAAAGGUUCUCUAUUUAGUGGCCACUUCAGUAGCUUUUCAUCCAGUAUUCCUUACAGUAACUCUGAUAAUUCUAAAAAAAACAGAUUAGACCAGUUAUGUUGAUCCAUUGACCCCUAAAGUGGCCACUAAAGUAGUUUUUAGUGGUCUAUUAGUAGCCCUUAUGUAGACCAUUUUUAAUCCUUCGAAACAAAAAAAAGACACUUUUUAAAUUUUGGUUUCUAUAUAGAAUUUCUACCCACUUAUGGCCCAAAAAUUGACCUUUUUCAAAGUUUGGUCCCAAGCAAAAACCCUUUUUGAACUUGUGGCUUGAAAAUAAACCCUUUUCAAAAUUUGGGCGCAAAAAUAGGACCUCUUGAAUUUCGGGCCCAAUAAUAGACUAUUUUCCAAAGUUUACGCCCAAAAAAAGACCUUUUUUAAUGUUUGGACCCUAAGAAAGACUAAUUUAAAAUUGUGGGCCAAAAUUUUUAAAGUUUGGGCCCGAAAACAAACUUUUUUUUAAGUUUGAGCCCGAAAAUGGGCCAUUUUCGAAGUGUAGUUUCAAAAAUAGACCUUCUCAAACUUUGUGCACGAAAAUAAACCAUUUUCAAACUUGGGGCUCAAAAAUAGACCAUUUUUGAACUUUGGGGUCAAGAAAUGGACCCUUUCCAAACUUGGGGCUCAAAAAUAGACCAUUUUUGAACUUUGGGGUCAAGAAAUGGACCCUUUCCAAACUUGGGGGCCAAAAAAUAGACCCUUUUCGAAGUGGGAGACCCCAAGGAACUAUUUUUGAACUUCGGGCUCUUAUUUGGUAUAAAAAUGAACUUUCUGGUUAAAUAUCGAGAAAUUCCAAAGAGCCAAGACAAAAUAAGCCUCUCCGUGAGGAAGAAAUAGCGCCCCUUGAGCUUUUUGAGCCUUUCGUGAAAGCUCAAAAGGACGCUACUUUUCCGGUAAUCCUCCCAAGGACUCUCAACUUUACAAAUUCUUUUUGAUAGUAGCCGCCCGGCAGGGGGAUCACAAAGACUUUUGAGCGGAAAAAAUGAUGUCAUGGGACUUUUUUGGGGAAUUUUGGACUGGAGGUUUUGGCCGAAGAUUUAAAGUUCAAAUUACUGUUUCGAGAAAAAAAUUUAUAAAUUGAAUAAAUUUUUAAACCUUCGUUGUGAUUUUUAAUGAUUUAAAAACACAAAUUAAUACUUUUUAGAUUUUUUUCUUGGUGUGAAAUUUAAAGUGGUCCCUUUACGGAUUUUUAAUGGUUUGAGAUAUUGAGUGGUCAUUUUAGGGUUUUUUUAUUUCUAUAAAUGAUGUCAUAGGACUUUUUUUCGAUAUUUUUUUGGACUGGAGGUUUUUAAUCGAAGAUUUAAAGUUUAAAUUACAGUUUCGAAAAAAAAUUUUUAUAAAUUAAAUAAAUUAAAUAAAGUUCAAUUCUUCGUCGUUAGUGAGAAAUGGUUAAAAAAAAUAAAUACUUUUUAAAUUUUUUUCUUGGUGGGAAAUUUUUGAGUGGUCCUUUUAGGGUUUUCUUAUUUCUCUAAAUCAUGUCAUAGGACUCUUUUGGGGAAAUUUGGACUGGAGGUUUUGGCCGAAGAUUCGAAGUUCAAAUUACUGUUUCGAGAACAUUUUAUAAAUUAAAUAAAUUUCAAACAUUCGUUGUGAUCGUGAAAUAGUUGUAAAAAAAAUAAAUAUUUUUUUAGAUUUUUUUCUUGGUGGGAAAUUUUGAGUGGUCCUUUUUAGGGAUCUCAACAGUUUGAGAUAUCGAGUGGUCAUUCUAGGGUUUUCUUAUUUCUCUAAAUAAUGUCAUAUUUUUAAUAGUUCCUGAACUCAUCAAAAAGGAAAAUAUCAACUUUUGAGAUAGUUAUUCAGUGAAGAUCUACUCGAAAAAUCAUGAUUUGACCCUGAAAUCGAUGAUUAUUUGCAGGUUAACGGUAACUGCGACGUGUCCGAUGAAGCUCCAACUGUUCCCGAUGGACUCGCAACGCUGCAAACUGGAAAUCGAGAGCUGUGAGUCCAAUUUUAUCCUUUUACCCUUGAUCUUAACAUUUUCGAUAAAUCGGAAGAAAAAAAUUACCCCGAAAAAAAUCGUAGUCAAAAGUGUGCAGUAGGAGUGCGUAGAUUCGUGUUUUGUGACAUUUUUUAAUCAAAAAAUAAUUUUUUGGGUUCAUUUUUUCAUAAACAAAAAUCGAAACGAUUGCACCAGGUCGGUAUUAUCCUUUCCCUUGUAUUUUCCCCCUUACCCCGAUAUUCUCAUCAUUUUCCGAUCACUUUAUUGUACCAUUUCAUAUUGUAUUCCUCUCAUACUGUAUUCAUUCAUUUUCUGUACAUUUUUCGUAUCAAAUCGUUCAAUCUGUUGUAUUAGACUUGUAUUACAAAAAAAAAGAAAAAAAAUCCCAUGAAAUAAAGAAAAAAAUAUUGUAUAAAUCCCGACGGUCGACGGUUUAUCAAUGGAGCGCACUUUCCGACGAGGUAAUUUUUCCGUUUUCCAAACCUUUUUCGUGUACCUUUUUUUCCAACAACUUCUUCGUAACGCACUAAUCUAUCCGAUUAACAGCUUGCUUUUUUUUUUUCACUAAUUUUAAAAUUAUUUUAUUUUUGGAACCUGGAAAUUUUCACUUUUUUUAAAUCUUUGAAAAAAUUAAAUUUUUUACAGUCACCUAAAAAAGGAAAGAUUAAAGUGGUCACUUAAGGGACUUCAAAAUCAAUUUUUAGAGCUCAAAAUCUAAGUUGAAUAUUUUAAGUGGUCAUUUAACACACGUUCUCCGAGAUUUUCGAAUAACCGUUGGUACAAAAAUUUCAUCUUUGUUCCUGAGAGCUCUCCUUUCUAUGAUAGAUAGUGAACAACCUCUUGAAUAUUUAGAACCAGGUUUUAUCGGGCUCCGCCCACUUUCAUGCUUACUGUAGGAAAAAAACACCGUAGAAACCAAACUUUUUUUCCUAGUGGAGCAAAUUGGUCCAAACCAAUUUUAAAACAAAAAUAUGUUCCCAUAUGAACAUUUAUAGUUAUAGAACUGACCCGGAAAAAAAAUUUUUCUUUCAAAAAGAAAAAAAUUAAAGUUUUUUUGAAAAAAAUGACGAGUUUCGCAGUCUUUGAGCCAUAACUAGUACUAGAACCCCCGAAUGCCUGGAUUUUUUUAUUUUUUUAAUCGACGCAUUAGAGUCUUGUGAGUAGAGGAAAAAAAUGUCUAGAAACUCUGAAUCCGGGUGAUCCAGUUGACCUCCAUCUCGAAGAACGCGGCCAACUUGAAAAUCGCAAAAACCUUUGAAAAUUUCUAUUUUUUUGUGAAAGCCGGAUUCUGUCUUGUUUCUUAUUUUUUUGUUCAACAUACGACAGCUUGCUGCAAAAUUACAGCUCAAAAAGUAGCGAGCUGGAACCCUUUGAAAAAUUUCUGACGUUUUUUUCCAAUUUUUUUCGUUUUUUUCGGCAUUUUUCAAACUUUUUCGCUCUUACUAGUACUAGAACCCCCGAAUGCCUGGAUUUUUUUAUUUUUUUCAAUCGACGCAUUAGGGUCUUGUGAGUAGAGAAAAAAAUGUCUAGAAACUCUGAAUCCGGGUGAUCCAGUUGACCUCCAUCUCGGAGAACGCGGCCAACUUGAAAAACGACUAAAUUUUUUUAAAAAUUCAGUUACUUUCUUGGGAGCAGGAUUUUUCUUUUCACUUCUUUUUUUGCCAAUCAGGCACAAUCUACUCAACACAGGAUUGGAACAAAAAGUUAUGACUCUCAAGCACAACGAAAAUUUUUUUUUCCAAUUUUUCACUUUUUCGGAUUCAUUCUUUUUUUCUGUCCUUUCCAAGUAUUGAGCUCUACUGGGUUAGGAUACCCGGAAUGCUCAGAGUUUAUUCGUUGUACUGAUCCGUUACAUCUUCCCAAGUUCUUUGAAAAUAUUCCCAAGCUCUGUUUCCGGGUGAUCCAGUUGACCUCCAAGCAACCGAAGCGGUCGACCUCAAAUUUGAGCAAAAUUUAACAAAUUUUCCAAAACGUUUCUUUGCUUCCUAACCAGUGGUUCUCAUUAUCUGGAGAGGUUUAGUGAAGUUUCCAAAUUUUAUAAUAGCAAAAACUUUAGAAACGCGUUUUUAAUCGAGUAAAGUUACUCACAAGGAAAGUUAUUUUUACUUUGUGGUUAAAAAUUUCUUAGAAAGGCUGCCAGAAUAUUCAUCGAUGUACCAGGAAAAUAUCCUUAACCUGAACAACUCCCUAUUUUUCAAGAAAUGAGAACAGAGAAACGAAAAAUGGCUUCUUUUUGAGGACAUGAUUGUUUUAUUCAACGUUCAGAUUUUUUUUUUCUCAAAAACUAGGAAGUUGUUCAGGUUAAGUUUCUUGCAGAAUCCCCAUCUGAUACAUUGGGAAAUUUCCUGGCUGUCUUACAGGAAUUUCUCAACCGCAAUGUGAAAUCAACUCCCUUGUAAAAAAUAUCCAACCCUCUUAUGAGAAUGAAGUUUAGAUUUUCUUACUGUAUUGAAAUAAUUCAUUACCAGUCUCGAAAAACGUUACUUCCUGCUUUUUUUCAGAAUAAAAGGAACAUAAAGUUCUAUUUUUUGCUUCCACAAUUUUUUUCAAAAAAAAUUCGACCUCAACCUUGGUAAUAGGGAAACUUAAACGUUUUUGUUCAGUGCAAAAUCCAAAAAAAUAAUUUAUCCAGAAAAGCUUAAAGAAAAACUCAAACAAUUGGCUUCGACAAACAUGAUUCUUACUUUUUCACGAAAUAUUAGUCACUAAUUUUUCGUAAGUAGUGGCUUUACGUAAGUUAGAACUUUUUUUAUUAGAAGAAAAAAACCAGGGAUUUCCAGAUUAUUCGGAAAAACAGGGGUAUUUCUGAUGCUGCGUUUGGUCAAAAAAAUUUUUAAAAAAAUUUCUGACGACAAUAAAAAAAUAAGCUUUUUUGAUGACAUUUACGCUAGAAAUUGCUAGAAACUUCACUAAACCUCUCCAGAUAAUGAGAACCACUGGUUAGGGAAGCAAAGAAACGUUUUUGGAAAAAUUUGUUAAAUUUUGCUCAAAUUUGAGGUCGACCGCUUCGGUUGCUUGGAGGUCAACUGGAUCACCCGGAAACAGAGCUUGGGAAUAUUUUUCAAAGAACUUGGGAAGAUGUAACGGAUCAGUACAACGAAUAAACUCUGAGCAUUCCGGGUAUCCCUAACCCAGUAGAGCUCAAUACUUGGAAAGGACAGAAAAAAAGAAUGAAUCCGAAAAAAAGUGAAAAAAAUUGGAUUUUCGUUGUGCUUGAGAGUCAUAACUUUUUGUUCCAAUCCUGUGUUGAGUAGAUUGUGCCUGAUUGGCAAAAAGAAGUGAAAGAAAAUCCUGCUCCCAAGAAAGUAACUGAAUUUUAAAAAUUUAGUCGUUUUCAAGUUGGCCGCGUUCUCCGAGAUGGAGGUCAACUGGAUCACCCGGAUUCAGAGUUUCUAGACAUUUUUUCUCUACUCACAAGACCCUAAUGCGUCGAUUGAAAAAAUAAAAAUCCAGGCAUUCGGGGGUUCUAGUACUAGUAAGAGCGAAAAAGUUUGAAAAAUGCCGAAAAAAACGAAAAAAAUUGGAAAAAAACGUCAGAAAUUUUUUUCAAAGGGUUCCAGCUCGCUACUUUUUGAGCUGUAAUUUUUGCAGCAAGCUGUCGUAUGUUGAACAAAAAAAUAAGAAACAAGACAGAAUCCGGCUUUCACAAAAAAAUAGAAAUUUUUCAAAGGUUUUUGCGAUUUUUCAAGUUGGCCGCGUUCUUCGAGAUGGAGGUCAACUGGAUCACCCGGAUUCAGAGUUUCUAGACAUUUUUUUCCUCUACUCACAAGACUCUAAUGCGUCGAUUAAAAAAAUAAAAAAAUCCAGGCAUUCGGGGGUUCUAGUACUAGUUAUGGCUCAAAGACUGCGAAACUCGUCAUUUUUUUCAAAAAAACUUUAAUUUUUCUUUUGAAAGAAAAAUUUUUUUCCGGGUCAGUUCUAUAACUAUAAAUGUUCAUAUGGGAACAUAUUUUUGUUUUUAAAAUUGGUUUUGGACCAAUUUGCUCCACUAGGAAAAAAAGUUUGGUUUCUACGGUGUUUUUUUCCCUACAGUAAGCAUGAAAGUGGGCGGAGCCCGAUAAAACCUGGUUCUAAAUAUUCAAGAGGUUGUUCACUAUCUAUCAUAGAAAGGAGAGCUCUCAGGAACAAAGAUGAAAUUUUUGUACCAAAAUUUUUGGCCUUGUUCGAAUUUCUGGGAGAACGUGUGUUAAGGGCUUAGAAAAAUGAGCCAGAACAAAUUUCCCGAAAAAAAUUUCUAAACACGAGUUUUUCCAAGAUUUCAUCGUUGAAAAUAAAAUUUUGAAACUUUUUAUUUUAUUUUUUUUUUUCCAAUAAACUGAUUAAAUUUCCACUCGGAACGUAAUAGAACAGAAGUCGUUUCAGUUUACUAAAUGGUCACUUUGAAACAGGGAGGAAUUUUAAAAAAGGGAAAAAUUUGCUUGCUUUAACUAAUUAUUUAACCGGAUCUAUUCGUACUGUCAGUCAAUGUUAGUGGCUUCUUUGAGGAAAAAAUGAGCCGCGACCAUUUUUUCUCGCGGAUAACGAGCCGCGGCUUUUUUUACGCAGGACAUUUAGCCGCGGUUGAUUUUCCCCACCCAUUGUGAGGCGCGGUUAAUUUUUUUCGAUUAGCCAUGGCUUUUUUGCAGAAAAUGGGCUGCGGCUGAAAUUUCUCGGAAAGAAAUUAGCCGCGGCUGAUUUUAAAAAAAAUUUGAGCCGCGAUUGCUUUUUAAAGCGAAAUAAUCGCCCUGGCUGAUUUUUUCCCGGAAGUAUGAACUGCGGCUAAUUUCACCCGCUGUUAUGAGCGGCGGCUGAUUUUUCUCAGCAGAAUAUUGACCGUGGUUGUUUUUUCCCAGUAAAUUUAGCCGCGGCUGAUUUUUUCUGCAUAAAAGAGUUGCGGUUGUUUUUUCUGAGAGAGAGUGUGAACUGCGGCUGAUUUUUUUUCGCAAGAAAUAUCCGUGGCUGUAUUUUCUUUCAGAAAAAUAGCCGCGGCUAAUUUUUCCAGGAAAGUAUGAACUGCGGCUGAUUUUUCUGGCUGAAUAAUAUCCCGGCUGAAAAUUUCGAAAAUUUUGACCCGUGCGUGAUUUUUUCUGUACAAAAGAGCUGCGGCUGACUUUUUCCAGGGAAACCGCGGCUAUUUUUUCCUUCUAAAUUAUUAGCCGCGGCUGAUUUUUUCCGCAAAAUAAGUUCUUCAUAGAGCCAAUCGCUUGAAAAUAACACAAAAAAUGUAGAAAAUUGAUCGAAAAAGGUCAUCGUUUUGGCAUGCUUUCAACAUUGUCGCUCUCGUGUCGUGUCGACGUGUUUCCGUGUUUUUGUUCUUCUUUUCUUUUGAUUUUUUUGCCGGUGAGAAAACCGAGAGCCGAGCCGCGACGCACGGCCCGAAUUUCCAGACGGCUACAGCGUCCUCGACAUCAACUACCGCUUCGGGACGGACGACGCCGUCAGCAAGUCCGACUUCGAACUGCCACAAUUCGUCCUCCAGGACGUCAAGAUCAGCAACAAGACCGAGAAGCUCAGCUCGGGUUGGUUUUUUGGAAGGUUUUGAGAAUGUUUGGUACCGGAAAGGUUCUCUCAGGGGCCUAACAAGGGGACGUUUUUCACCCCCCCCUUUUUGGCUUAAAUUGGUAUUUUGCGGCCUUUGAAGCUCCAUAACUCGGAAACAAAAUCUAUUGCAAGCAUUUUUUUUUCUUUUUCUGCAAUCAGGAGUUCCUAAAGUACACUUCACUGAAGCUUCAUCGAAAAUUAAACCCGGGGGGUGAAUUUCUUGGUAAAACUUUUUUUAUUUUUCGGAUUUUUGAUAGCUUACAAGGAAAGUUUUUUUAACUUUCUUGAAGUUUGUUCCUGAAGCCUUCAAUUAAAUAAAGAAAAAAAUAGAAAAAAAAUGGGAUUUUUUUAGGCUUACCUUUUUUUAGAGACCUUUUUUUCUCGGAAAAUGGGAAGUUUAACAGAUUGAAACAUUAGGAUUUCAUCUGAUACAUUAAAAAAUGUUUUUAGAAGAUUCCCAAUAAAAGUCCCCUGUGUGGGUCAGGUUCAAAUUCAAAGACGAACUUAGGGAAAUCCGAAUAAUAAAAUAAAACUUGGGAAAUCCCAAAUGACGGGUCGGGACUCGAUUUGCACGUCAGAAUAACCUCAUCGAAAAGAUUUAUUAUGAAUUUGGAAGUUGAGCUGAUAAAAUAACUGUCGAAAAAUGUGGCUGACCAGAAAUUAGGUACUUAAAAUUUUGGGUCAAAGUUUCGAAAAUUCUGUAAGUUGGAUUGGCAGAAAAUCAAGCUGACCAAAAUGUAGGCUUUUUCAUUUCAUUUUUCAUUUCAAAUUUUUGUUCGCCAUUCCGCAUCUGCACGACAAAUACCAAAAAUAAAACAUCUAUCAAAUCUAACAGCUGAUCUGUGGAAACGGCUGUUUCCUUAUUUGGUAUUUAAGUUUAUUCUUUGUUGUUUUUUAAGUAGUUAGAAUUUUUCUAGAUUUUAGUAGGAUCUAGUGAAUUUAGAAACGAUGUGUUUGAUUCGAACCAUGAAGUGAGCAUAAUCCGAAACUUGCCGAUUUCGUAUUCAAUGAUAGUUCCUCUUUCCAGUUGACUCCAAAUGGGUAUGACUUUAUAAUUUAGGAUGCGUUCUUUGAUCAAUUCAUUCACUGGUUGAGCAAGUCUCAUUCCAUUUCGAAGUAGAGCGGAUUGAAUUAAACGCAUUUUAAAGUAGGCCUGGUCAAAAUUCGCAGUUUUGAAAGUUGAGUAGACAAAAUAGCUACCAAAAAAAAUGAGGCUGACCAAAAUUUUGAUAUAUUGAAUCUGAGCCGGAAUAAAAUUCAUUCAGGUAUUUUCAUGUCAAACUGGUCAAAAUGCGGAGUUUUAAAAGUUAAGUAGACUACCAAAAAGAGCUACCAAAAAGUAAGGCUGAGCCUAAUUUUGACAUUUUGAAGUAGAGCUGACUAAAAUUUAGGUAUUUUCAAGUUGACCAGGUCAAAGUCUCGAAAAUUCUGAAAGUUGGGUCGGCAAAAAAUUAAGUUGACCAGAAUGUAGGUAUUUUGAAGUAUAGUGGACUGAAAUUCAGGCCUUUUGAAGUUGAACCGGUCAAAGUUCGGAAUUGUGGAAGUGAAGGAGAAAAAAUAGCUACCAAAAAGAUGAGGCUUCGCUCAUCGAAAAAAAAAACCUAAGCCUUUUGAAGUUGAACCGGUCAAAUUUAGGUAUUCUGGAAGUGAAGGAGACAAAAUAGAUACCAAAAAAAUCAGACUGACCAAAAUUUAGGCUUCUUUAAGGAGACGGACUAAAAUUUAGUUAUUUUGAAGUUGAACAGAACAAAGUUUCGAGAAUUCGGAAAGUUGGGUCGGCAAAAAAUCAAGUUCGCCAGAAUUUAGGUAUUUUGAAGUCAAACUGGUCAAAGUUCAGAAAUUUGAAAGUUGAGGAGACAAAAUAGAUACCAAAAAAGUGAGUCUGACCAAAAAUUUAGACAUUUUGAAGGAGGCGGACUGAAAUUUAGGUAUUUUCAAGCCAAACUGGCCAAAUGCGGAGUUUUGGUAGUGAAGGAGACAAAAUAGAUACCAAAAAUGAGGCUUAUUAAAACUUUAACCUUUUUAAAAAGGGCGGACUGAAGUUUGGAUAUUUUAAAGUUGAACAGGUCAAAGUUCGAAAUUUUGGAAGUUAAGAAGAUUAAAUUCCUACCAAAAAAAUGAGGCUUAUUAAAGCUUAGGCUUUUUCGAAGUAGAGCGGACUAAAUUUUGCGCAUUUUUAAUUCAAACUGGUCAAAUGCGGAAUUUUAGUAGUGAAGGAGACUACCAAAAAUAGCUACCAAAAAAAUGAAGUUGACCAAAAUUUCGAUAUUUUGAAGUAGAGCGGACUAAAAUUUGGGUAUUUCAAAGUCGGCCUGAUAGAAUUUAGGUAUUCUGAAAGUUGAGGAGACAAAAUAGAUACCAAAGAAUUGAGGCCGACCUGAUCUAAGGUUUUUUUGAGGAGGCGGACUGAAAUUUAGAUAUUUUAAAGUUGAACAGUUCAAAGUUCAGAAAUUUGGAAGUUUAGGAGAUUAAAUUGCUACCAAAAAAAUGAGACUUAUGAAAACUUAGGCUUUUUUAAGGAGACGGACUGAAAUUUAGAUAUUUUAAAGUUGAACAGGUCAAAAUGCGGAGCUUUGGAAGUGAAGGAGACUACCAAAAAAAAGCUAGCAAAAAAAAAAAUGAGGAUUACUAAAGUUUAUAAAAAUUUUGAAGUAUAGUGGGCUAAAAUCAGCGCAUUUUGAAUUUGUACCGGUCAAAGUUAGGUAUUCUGGAUGUGAAGGAGACUACCAAAUAUAUCUACCGAAAAAAUAAGGCUGACCAAAAUUUAGGCCUUUUUAAGGAGGCCGGACUAAACGUUGAAAAGCUCAAAAUUUCAGAAAUAUGAAUUUUAGCAGAACACAGCUUCGUGAGCUUGAAAUUUCCUAGCUGAAAUUUCAUAAAUUCACGAAAAAAUAAGGGGGCACCCGGACUCGAACCAGGGACCUCUCGGACUGCAGCCGAACGCUAUGCCACUAAGCUAUGCCCCCGGGCGGUUUCUUGGCGAACGGCGUUCGGUUUUGUUUUCGUUGUUGGUGAAUCAUCAUUGCAUCAGAACUAUUUCGACACUUUUCUGUGAAAAUUUGCAAUUUUUCCUUCUUUUUUGAGAGGAAAUUCGAAGUUUAUAUGAAUUAAAAGCCACGCAAAAUGGUUUAAUAUCAUAUAUUCAUUUUUAAAAAUAUUAUGGAAUGUUAAUUUUUUUUCAAAAUGAAGGAUAUUAUGAAUUUGAUUGGAUUUAGCAGAUUGAAACGAAAAAACUUCAAAUUCUUGAAAUUUAAGUAACCUAAACUACCAAAACGGCACAAAAAUGAGUAUUCAAUAAAAUUCAUAUGCGGUUUUCAAAGUGCUUUAACGAAAUCCAAAAUAGCAGCCAGAGAAAGAAAAAUAUAACUAAAUUUUGGAGACUCAGAGAUUUUUCUGAACUUUGCAGAUAUCACUAUGAACACGGCAAUAGAUGAUUCUGAACCAGAAAAAAUUACCUCCCUUUUAAAAUUUUUGAAUAGUGUUUUAAUUCGACAAUUAAUCUAUGAAGGCGUUAGUUAACUAAUUUUGAAGAAGUUUUUGUAAAUGGGGAUUUUAAGGAUAUCCUGAGGCACUUGGAUAAAUUAUUGAACUGUCAUUUUUUCCAGGAGAAUAUUCCCGGCUUCUUUGCUACUUCAUGUUCAAAAGGAGCAUUGGUUUCUACAUUAUCCAGAUCUACUUGCCGUCGAUCCUCAUCGUUGUGAUUUCCUGGGUUCGUUUUGUACCAUCUUUCUUUGUUGAGUGUUAAAGAAAUGAGAGAAAAUAUAUUUCUGAAAAGCUGUGGUUUUUUUUUUUGAUUUUCCUCGAUUUAGGUCUCAUUUUGGCUGAGCCGCGACGCAACCCCGGCCCGCGUUGCACUUGGAGUGACCACUGUGCUGACGAUGACGACUCUGAUGACCACCACUAAUGUGGGUUUUUUUUCAAACUCAAGAUCAGUGUAUUAAAAAAAUAAUAUAGUCUGUGUACCACGACUUGGAAUUUCACCGAACGACAUUCCGCUGUUCCGCUGCGUGCCUUUGCGCGUUUUUGAUUUUCAUUUUAUUUUAAAACUCGACCAGCACGUGCUCCUAGUGGAACACUCUAUCUAUCAGAAAUGAGAACCCAUUCAAAGCGAGACCGGGGCUCGCAAAGACGCUUCGCGACGCAGCGGUACAGCGGAAUGUCGUUCGGUGAAAUUUCAAGUCGUGGCAUACAGACUAUAUCUCAAAAAAAAUCUUUUCGAUUUUUCCGUUCUUCUAGAGAACUUUCUGGAGAAACCUCCGACAUCCUCACAUAGUAAUAGGUUCAUUCAUUGCAAUCAGAAGACAAAAUUUUCUUAUUAUUCCUACGCCUCUGUACCACUUGAGCGGCGUCGGCGCACUAAGUCGAUUAGCCGAGGUCCUAUCCUGAUGAUAAUCAGUGGACUGGCUCUAGUGACCUAUCCGCCCUUGUGUGUGACUGCUGGGGAUUUUGAAGCCGUGGUUUCCCACUACCAACAUUUUUCAAACCCCUUGGUUGGGUCGAGGCGGGGAUCGAACUUGUGACCCUGUGGACCGUAGACAGGCACACAACCUGUUGCGCUACUGCGCGCUUUUUCAAAAACAAUAUUAUAGAAACGUUUCUUUGAGACACUUCACUGCAAUAUUCUUAGUACUAUGAGUACACUACAAGUGAAUUUGCAGUUGGCGGUUUUCGGUGUUUCCGUUUUGCUAUACAUGUAGCUUUCUGAAAAAGCUUCCGACACAUUAGGUUCAUUCACUGCAUGCAGUAAAAAGAUAAGAAGUUAAAAGAAAAAAAGAAAAAAAUGCAGUUUGAAAUUCAGUAACAGGAAUUAGCCCAACCUAACAAGUAGACUCUGACCCGGAGUUCAACAGGAAUUGAAGCGAUCAAGUUUCGGAGAUCAAUAAGUUUGAUCCGUAGAGAACCAGUGGACACUUUAAAAUGUAACCUAGAUGUUGAUUCAUUCCAUAAAGGGAGAGUUUCAGAAAAAAAAUCUUCAGAAAGCCGAAAAGUUUUUAAUACUAUUUAUAUGAAUAUCUUACGGCCAAACAGGGUGGGUAAACGUCAAAACAAAUUUUGGCGCGAAAAUUCAAAUCUCAAGUACGCAGCCAAAUGCGAUCGAACAAACAAGUUAUCACGUUGAAUACUCAGUGUAAUUAAUGACGUAGAAUGACGUCAUUUUAUCCGGAGCGCGCACUUAAUUUUUUUUUAGUUGCGAAAACUUUGACGCCUCGCACACCUCCCUCACCCCAUUAGGAAUGCCGUGAUCUACGAAUCAUAUAGUAAAAUCACAAAUAAACAAAAAUAUGUAUGGAAAAAUAGAUGAAAAACGAGAGGGUAAGUCGGAAAAGUCUAAGGAUUUGAAAAAAAUCGGAAAAUCCGCCGAUUAUUCAUAAUAUCAAUUUUUUUAAAUCCUUAUUGAAGUCAUUUCAAGAAGCUCUUGACCAACCUAUUCACUAAUUUUCGAAAAUCCUCUUCCAGAUGGAAUAUCAAAAUAUUUCCACAGUUUAGUUCAGGAUAAAAGUAAAACAAUAUUAAUAAAUCCCUAGGAAACCCUUAAAAAAUUGAAGAAGCUUAUAAUUUCCUUUCUCGAGUGAUAAGAAGAACUGAAAAAAAGUUGAAAUUAUUCUUACGAAUUGUUUUGCAGUCCUCCAUGCCGAAAGUCUCCUACGUCAAGAGUAUCGACAUUUUUCUGGGUACGUUUGAAUUUUUCUAUCAAUAUCUUGCCAAAGAUUAUUUUAUACUGGGUAAAUGAUGAAGGUGUGGGAGGAAACGUCAGGUUAUUCAUCCCUAAAAAAUUGAAUAUUCCUUUAAAAAAAAUCAACCAAGCUAGGCUUUCCGUAUCAGAUGAGGAUUUUGAUACUGAACUAAAAUAAUGUUUCAAUGGUGUUCUGAGCGGGAGAGUGACGGUCGCACGUGGAAUGGCUCGGGCGCCCCGACUCAAAACGGCUUGCGCAAAAGCGGCAAGCAAUCAGAUGAGCGAUAA